AUGGCGGCGUCACGCUCGCGGGCCGGGAGCCGGCUGUUCCGGACGUACGGGGCUGGGGGCGGCGGGAGGCCGCGGUGCCGGCUGGGCGGGGAAGCCGUGCGGUGGUUCUCCCCGCAGGAUCGCAAGCGCUUCUUCAGCAGCAGCGCCAGCAGCGACGCCAGCUGCGAGCCCUCGCACUCCGUGCCUUCCGACGACCCUGACGACCCCGACUUCCCCGGCAGCCCGGUCGGCCGACGGCGAAGGCGUCCUGGGGCCCGGCGGGCUCUGACCGCGACCCCGAGACGCCAGAGGCUGAGGGCUCGGCCCCCGCAGAAGUGCAGCACCCCGUGCGGCCCGUACCGACCGCCGCCCUUCCCCAGCCGCAACCCGGGCCGCCUGAGCCCGGACCUCAGCGUGUGCAGCCAGCCGGAGGACGGCGACGAGCUGGGCACCAGUGCCUCCCUGUUCAGCUCUCCGGCCUCGCCCGAGGCCCCCGCCUCUCCGGAUGCAGCCUCCGCAGCCCCGAGCGAUUUCUCCUCCCCGGACCGAACAUCCCUCCCCGACUCCCGGGAAGCAUACACCGGAGGAGGCAGGUUCACCAGGAUGGCCCUCCGAGCGCACGCCAGCCUCAGGUCAGCCCUCUGUAACCUUACGGACUCAGGAAGCCCUGAGGAUUCUGAGUUCCGGACAGAUGAAAAGGAUGUGAAGGGGUCCUGUAGUAAAAGGCGGCGGAAAGGAGACAGACUCGGGGCCCCUGCUCUAUCGGGCAUGGGUAAAAAGAGGGCAGCAGACCAAGGCUCUUGUCAAAAGACUGGGUCUCAAGGAGCCGUCCGGAUAGAUUAUGAGGAGGCUAGAGGCUGCAGCGGCUUUAUUGUACCUGGGAAAGUCAGCAGGCUUAAGAGAGCUGAGCCAAGCCAGAAGAGGAAGCAUCAGGAAGCAGUGGAAACCUCUGUUCUCCAUUCCCACCAGACUAAAAAAGGCCAAAAGAUGGGAGAAGAUUCAUCCCUUUCCCAGGACCUAACUCAUUUACAGAAAACCUGCUCUUGGACCAAAGCCAAGGCCUCCUUCAGUUUCCACAAGAAGAAAAUUGUGACUGAUGUGUUGGAGGCAUGCAGCAACUAUACCAUUGCCACUUCCCUCUCUGGGUCCCUCUUAUCAAACCGUUCUGUCGUGAACAGAACAAACAGUGCUCUGUCCCCUUGGCACUCCUCUUCUCUGUAUUUGCUAAGCCCUUUAAAGACUCUACAUGUUGUAGACAAAAAGGCAUCUGAUGCUGAAAAGGUUUAUGGGGAAUGCAAUCAGGAAGGCCCUAUCCCCUUUAGCUGUUGCCUUUCCACAAGAAAACUGGAAUACUGUGAGAAGAUUGGGGAAGGGGUGUUUGGUGAAGUGUUUCAAACAAUCACUGAUCACACACCUGUAGCCCUAAAAAUCAUUGCUAUUGAAGGACCAGAUUUAGUCAAUGGAUCCCAUCAGAAAACCUUUGAGGAAAUCCUGCCAGAGAUCAUCAUUUCCAAAGAGUUGAGCCUCCUGUCUGAUGAGACAUGCAACCGCACAGAAGGCUUUAUUGGUUUGAACUCGGUGCACUGUGUUCAAGGGUGUUACCCUCCCUUGCUCCUCAAAGCCUGGGAUCACUAUAACUCAACCAAAGGGUCUGCAAAUGACCGGCCUGACUUUUUUGAGGAAGACCAGCUCUUCAUUGUACUUGAAUUUGAGUUUGGUGGCAUCGACUUAGAGCAAAUGAAAACUAAACUGCCCUCCAUUGCUACUGCAAAGAGCAUUCUACACCAGAUCACAGCAUCCCUUGCAGUGGCAGAGGCAUCUCUGCACUUUGAGCACCGGGACUUACACUGGGGGAAUGUGCUCUUAAAGAAAACCAACCUCAAAGAGCUCCACUACACUCUUAAUGGAAAGACAAGCACCAUCCCCACCCGUGGGCUGCAAGUCAACAUCAUUGACUACACACUGUCACGCUUGGAACGGGAUGGGAUUGUGGUUUUCUGUGACAUUUCCAUGGAUGAGGACCUAUUUACAGGUGAAGGUGACUACCAGUUUGAAAUCUACAGGCUCAUGAGGAAGGAGAACAACAACUGCUGGGGUGAAUAUCACCCUUAUAAUAAUGUGCUUUGGCUACAUUACCUCACAGACAAGAUUCUGAAUCAAAUGACCUUUAAGAAAAAGUGUAGUACUCCUGCCAUGAGGCAAGUGAAGAGACAGCUCCAGCAUUUCCAAAGGACAGUACUGAACUUCAGCUCUGCCGCUGACCUGCUCUGCCAACACAGUCUAUUUAAGUAA